CUGAAAAGAUAGCAGAACAUCUAUGAGCUUGACACCAACGCCCGUCACCUGCCUCUGGCACCACCACAACAGCCACCGAAGAAAAGAAUGACAAAUCACCCCCCCCACCCGAGCUCGACGCGGCUCCAUCGCUGAUAUGCAGCUUUGCGGACCUCCAAGGUGGCUCACCAAAAGUGAAGCCAUUGACGUUGAACGAAUCAGACCAGGGCAACACCCCGGACACACCAUCGAACUCCAAAUGUAGCACCUCACCACGACUAAGACACCGAAGGAGGAAACCAUAUCUGCCAUCCACGAACCAUGAACUCAUCACACGUUCCGUCUUCCAGAUGUCGUCGAUGCAGUCCACAAUCUGCAUCCGCUCCUGGACUACCUCCCAAGCUCCGCGUCGACGCUGGAGCAAACAUCGUCGCAACGACGGAGCUUGAGGACACAGGUCCACCACGAGGAUGCCGUCGCCGCCACGCCAUCCUUGUUUGAACAGACUGGUUUCUAAAUCCAUCUCCAACCAUAGGGCCAAUGGCCUCGUCAGGGAAGGAUCUAAAGAGUAUUAUUUAACAUUGUCAUCGUCGCCGCCGAAGCCAAGACGAUGAACAGUCUAAAAACCUAGACUACGAGGGAGUAAAAACAAUCCAGAUGCGUGGACCCGGGUGGCGCCCAAACCCUAGCCGCUGAGGGCACAAGCUCCCUCCCCCCUCCCUCUACCGUCGCCGGGGGACGUCGCUAGGCUAAGCCCGUGGGCCGACGGUGGUGGUGGAGGACUCCCUCUCUCCUGCGUCACAGGGGUGAUGCGGGGACCGAAAACGUAUGUAGACGCGGCCGAUCCAUUCUAGGCGGUGCGGCGGUGAUGGCUGCAGCAGGCAGCGGCGCGGCGGGCGGCUGCAGGCAGUGGCUCUCUUGUGUUGGUCGUCAUUCUUGGAGGUGUGCAUUGGCUCGAGGGAUCAGUGGACGGUUUCUGCGAUGGAGCGGUGUUUCAGGUGACCACAUCGACGAUGUGGAGUCUCGGCGGCGUGACGUAGCAGGGUCUCGACGAGGGAUGUGUGAUGAUGGACACGCCUAGGAAGGUGGCGUCGUCUGAUGGCGUGUGACGUCGAUGAUAGGCCUGACAAGGUGGAUGCGUCAGUACCUACUCUUAAUAUGGAUCGGUGGAAAGCGGCGGAGACGGCCUCUGUGCCACAGACCCGGCAAUGGGGACUCCUGCUUUAGAUGUUAGGCUUUGGUGCGAAAUCUGUUUGGUAUUCGUGUCGCACAAUCAGCGCCCAUUCAUCAAUUGGAUAGGAGUAGCGAGAGAUAUUGAAUAGAUCGUGGCUUCAGGCUUACUGAUGUAUUACUUUGUAAGGUCUUUGUCUAGAUGCAGAGGCCGGAGGUCAUCCUUCUUUUCACUAAAAAAUAAAAAAGUUCUCAUUUAUUGAUCCCAAUAUCCAUUUUUUUGGAGUAUAAUUUAAGUUUUUCAAAUGUUCACUCCGGGAGAGGUUCCUCACCUGGCAUGAUCAAAUCUCGUUCAAAUAUACUAUAAUCAAUUCAAUUUACUACAGUACUAUCCCGUAAUACAUAAGCCUCCUGUCGGCGGCCCUAUAUUCGCGUAUGUUUUCGCUGCAGCGGUAUUGUGUUCGCUGCAGAGUGAACCGAGUCUCGUCGGCAUGGGUGUAUGUAAUCCAGCACUGAAGCGUCACAUGUGACGCCAAGCUAGUCACUCUUACUUUAGGGGUAGCUGAGAAAUCCUAGAUACUCGGAAUUGACUCUUCAGUGCAUGCUGCUGCGUACGUCAAGGGUGAUGCGCAUAGCCGUGGACCCACCCAACACAAUUCCCAUGGCUCUAGUAGCUUCUCUUCCAACAACUGCUCAGCUUGAUUUGCAAUAUAUAAACAACGAGAACGAAGCUAUGUACGCACACUUGCAAAUUGAGUAUCAAGAGCUUGAAGCUUAAGAGAACACACACGACACAGCAGAGCAAACAGGAGUAGUUUACAAGCGGCAAAUAGGAAGAGAUCGAUCCAAGACGAUGGCCGGCGAAGGAGACGACGUCAAGCUGCUGGGCUCGGUGGUGAGCCCGUUCGCGGUCCGCGUGCGAAUGGCGCUGCACCUCAAGGGCGUGAGCUACGAGUACCUGGAGCAGGACCUGUUCCACAAGGGUGAGCUCCUCCUCGCCGCCAACCCGGUGCUCAAGAAGGUUCCCGUGCUCAUCCACGCCGGCAGGCCCGUCUGCGAGUCGCUCGCCAUCGUGGAGUACGUCGACGAUGUCUGGGCCGACGGCGCCUCGCUCCUCCCUGCCGACUCUUACGGCCGCGCCGUCGCCCGCUUCUGGGCCGCCUACGUCGACGACAAGUUGUUCCCCGCGUGGAUAGGCAUCCUGCGCGCGUCCACGGAGGAGGACAGAGCCGAGAGGCUCGACGCCACUCUCGCGGUGGUCGGGCUCAUGGAGGACGCCCUCGCCCAGUGCUCCGGUGGGAAGGACUUCUUCGCCGGCGACUCCGUCGGGUACCUCGACCUUGCGCUCGGGUGCAACCUGUCCUGGUUCAAGGCGCUGCGCGAGAUGUUCGGCGUGACGGUCAUCGACGCCAGCAGGACUCCGCGCAUGGCCGCCUGGGCUGAGAAGUUCGAGCAGACGGAGGCGGCGAAGGAGGCGGCCCCGCCCAUGAAGAGUAUGGUGGAGCACGCCGGGAAGCUGCGGGCUAUGUGGGCUGCUGCUGCCGCGGCUGCCAAGUAAUAAUUAAGUGGCAAGCUCGCAGGAGUUUCUUGAUUCGGUUGGCCUCGAGUUGUGUUUUGUUUGUUCAUUAUAAAGGUGGUCAUCGUCGGUCGUCUCUUUUAAUUAGUUUACUUAUUAUUAAAGAUUUGUAAAUUUCACUUUUCUACAUUGUGAUCUGUCCAGUAUGCAAUAAAAUGACCAUUUAUAUUUAUAAAGUUGUGGCUGAGCAA